AUCGUGUCAAACGAAAUCGACCCCAUCCGAGCAGUCGCUGUUUUGUAACCCUUCCCCCUUUUUUUUUUUAAUUUUGCCCUCAAGAUUUGAAUGGAUUUUAGCAGCCGCUGUGAUGUCUGAUGGAUCGUCUCCAACUCAGACACGUGGGGCACUACAGCAGCAGUUCGGCCGUCAGUCCGCCCUCGAGUACAAUUUUUCCUUGCCACUUCCGGGAGUGUCUUUUGACUGUGAAAAACGAAACGGAGAAAAAUGUUUUUUUUUUUUUUUAAAUCCAAUUUUCGGGAUUAUGUUAGCGAGCGUGAGAAUAAUCAAAGUUCGAUACACAACCAACUCUAACUGUCUACAAUGCAGAUGAGUUGAAAUUUCAGGCAAGUCGGCCAUUUUGUUCAAGUCCAGUCGGCUGCUUUAAGAUGAAAUCCAAUGACGUCACACGGCCGAUAUUUCCGACUUGUGAUGGAUGAAAUUACACAACAAGAGUCUCAUCUUUGUUUCAUUUUUUUUUUUUAACGAUCGUUAAGCAAAAAAAAAUUGUUGUGUGUGUCGGUUGGCCGGUCGUUCCAUUUCUUUAUUCUUGGCGUUCGUUCAAAAAAAACGCUGCGCGAACCAGAUGUUUUCAUUAAAAGGCGGAAGGUGGAACCUUUUUCUCCGCAUAAAAGCUGUUCCUUGUUGAAGUUUAACAGUUAGUCUCGUCUUUCUGUUCCGCCUUGCUACUCGUGUUCCUCCUGACGUGCAACAACACUCGGUGUAUUUGUCGAUGCAAAUUUGUUGUUUAGAUCGGCCGGUGCGGAGUGAACGAACCGAUGGUCAGCAUCGACAGUUUGACAACCAUCAACACGGACGAAGACGAAACAAGUGACUGCCACAGCGAGGCGGAGAGCAGUUACGUUUCCGAUCCGGAAGAAGAAGGACCCGUGUCGAUAGUGACCAAUCUCAGGCCGUCGCCAUUAAACGCGCAACAAGUGGAAGAGAAACCUCCGGCCGGAGGUAGGAUCGCCAAAGACACUGGCUGUUGUCUUUACAGCGCCAUCACAGCCCUUUUCGUCAUGGUGGUUUUAAUCGGAAUCGUGUUGAUCGUUACCGGUCCCGUUUUGGGCCUUCCGUUCCCACCGUUGAUGCGAGCCAAUACGCCGAUGAUCCUACCGCCCCUAGACCACAAUCAUCUGACGGCUAACAUCAGCCAUGAUCCUUUCAUGGACGAUGGCCAUCAAGACGAUACGAAUCAUACCGACGAUCAAGAACUGCAAUCGAUCCAUUACGAUUGGGAAUCGAUGGAUAACAGUACGAAUCCUUCGAUGGAUUCGUUCGAAUACGAUUACCUGGAAGAGGCCACCGCAGUGCCGACCAACUGGACUGAAUACCUGGCCAACCACAACGAGACGGGCAUUUUUAACGAGACGGUCAUCGAGGAUCUUGCCAACCUGUCGCCGGAAGCGUUACGCACAAAGUAUGUGGCCUACGUGCCUGUCCCGCUCAGAUUUGACGACGACCAACAGACUGACGCAACUGAUGACGACUUUCAUGACUCGGAAACGAAUGACAGGCACGACGAUGACAUCGACCACGACGCCAUCUAUUUCGACGACCAAGCCGAGCAGACUCCGCGCCCGUCUUCCGUAAGGCGACGGCCUUCGGCCACCAUCGAGAAAGUCUUACUGCCCAUCGUGAUGGUGCCGCAAUCGGAAACGAUCGACGACCGGAUGAAAACGAGCCAAGGUGCCGAUUCGUGGCGGUCCAACCAUUUCUCUGGCGAUCGGCCCCAUUAUCCGCCGAGGCGGUUCGAUGAGGACCAAUCCAGCGGCCAGAUGGACGGUGUCGAUGAUGAGGAUCAUUUGACUUCGUCCUCUCGCCGCAUUGCCGGCCUCAAUCCUCCUAGACGAGGUGGCGCCGGAGGCGAUCGAAGGAGAGGCCCGGGCUUGGAUUAUCGCAUGUUCGGCUCUUUAACUCAGCCGGAGAGCAGGAACAGGAGGCCCUUCCGUCCGCGACAGCGGGAACGCUUCCGGCCGCGUGAUGAUUUCGGUCGGACGACGAGUCUCCAUCCGCACAGGGUCCUCCCUCCGCCGGGCCGUUUGCGUUCCAGGAUUAAUAAGAACAACGACCGGCCGCGGAUGAUAGAAGGGCGCGAAGGUAAUCCGUCGUUUUACAUCCGACCUCCGCCAAGACCGAGGCCGCGGAUUAGUCAUCCGCCGCGUCCGAGAGCCCAUCGACCUUCUCCGCAGGAUGCCUGGCUGAGUCGUCAACGCACUGCCGAUCCUCCUCCUGCUCCGGUGACUACCACCAAACGGCCGGCCUAUUCUUAUCCGCGGGAUGCGAUGAGCAUCCAGGACAUCAUCAGUUACAUGACGUCGAUGAGCCACUCGGAACAGACAACCAAGAAACCGGCGGCGCCGGUCGGGCCCGAACACCGAACGGCCGUUUGGACCAAUACGGACUAUUAUUCAAAUGAUGCUGCGGAAGGUCGUUCGCGUGCGGGACAGUCCUACCCUCCCGUCUUACCUGCGCCGCCCGGCAUUUCUAGAUCGCACGAUUCGAUGCCGGUGGAAUCGCACAGGAACGCCGGAGUCUCCAAUCCCAAUAAUCCGUACUCGUUCAAAUUGGAUGUUUAUCCGGUGCGGGACGGCCUGGGCGGGGACAGCUACGCCCCAUCGGGUCCGGCUUACAGGCAACAGAGCGUCCCGCCACCGAGCAAUUAUCGGCACAGGCCAUCGUCUUCCUAUCAGGAGAACCGACAGCCUUCCGGCGACUCUUCCGGCAGCCUGUCUGAUUCUUAUUCGUACCGGCCUCAGCGACGUCCCACCGGAAGCGGUUAUCACGAUCACGGUGGCUAUACGAAAUACCGGGAAGAUGAGGAGGACGACGCGAUGCCGGUGCCGCUGGCCUUCCGGCCAAGACGACCGGAGUCCACCACACCCAAACCGAAGCUGAUCGUCCAUUUAAACGUUUUCAAUCAGGGCAAAGGCACCGGAAGCCGCAACAGCAAUAGGUAUGCAGAACAACGUCAAAGUGAUGACGAAGCCGAAGAUUAUUAUUCUCCCAGUGACAUUUAUCGGGCCGUUUUGAGAAACAAUGCGCCCAAAGGCGAUCACGAAGCAGGUGGUGAUGAUGGUAUCAUGCCGAGCGGUCAGAGCCGUGUCGAUACAUUUGCUCAUCAUCGGAUGGACAGCGCUGCAGGGCUGGCUAGUGAUUCGGCUGCCUCUUCUUCCGGCGCUGGUAACACGUACGACAGUCACAACAUGGCCGCUCUGCCCAGCGAUCAGUACUACAGGUCGUUGGUGACGAGGAGACCUUCGUCCAGCAGCGCUAACGCGGGCAAUAAUUACAGAUUGAGUCAUCAGAGUCGCAAUUUCUAUCCGGCUGUGGAUGAUGAUGUUCCGGAACCUCUGCCUAUGCCCAUGGCUGCCCAGCUAUCUAACGAUGGCUGCACCGGAGUCAAUUGCACUGUCCACGCGGACGGCCUGGUGAAUAACACGCAAAUAACUCCGCUUGUUUUUUAAGUAAUUGAGUACGUCUGAAUGAGUUGAAUUCGAAUUCCGUUCGGUGAAAUAUCGAAUGACGUGCUGUUUAACCAGAAAUCUUAUGGUCAAGUAAUGCAGCAUUAUAUGGCUUGACACGUGUACAUAAAGAGCCAUCUAUAACUAUAUAAUGAUUCAUUAAUAAUAUACAACUUAUUUAUUGAAAUGCCAGUUAUUGUAUGUAUGUAGACCCAGGCCGACUGUUGGAUUUGUCUUCAUUAGCGACGUUUAUGCAAGUCGGUCCGGCUUAUUUAAUUAACCGGUUAAACGUUGGGUCACUGUCGUGUAAAUCGACAGAGAGAAAAAAAAAAAAGCGAGAGGACAACGAAUUUCUCCUAUUCGCGGAUUUGGCGAGCCAAUAGCAAUAUAGGCUGCGCGUGGCCAGAUCGAAAUCAAUACUCCCGCAGAGUUAAUGUUUUGAACGCAAUUCUUUGAUAACAAUGAAAAAACAAAAAAACUCUUGAAUAAAUUUGCAUGAUUUCAUGAAA